AUGCAGAGUGUAGCAGGUCCAGUAAAGACCAGAUCAAGUAGUAAAGGCGUUGUAUCCGUCGAUAAUCUACAGAUAUGGAUAGAUUUUGUCAACCGCAUCCAGUAUAAACUACCCAAAACAUCCUCAUCGUCAACAGAAUCAACGAGACAAGCAAUAGGGACAGAUGUCAAGACCAGUCAGGAUAUAUGGCAGCAUAUGGUGCUAGAUGUACAAGCUGGAUAUGGUCCUGUAGCUGAAGCAUGCAUGGGAUUGUCCCUGCAUUUACCAACAUUAAAUCAAUCGCAGGACGAUGAAGCUGCUCUGAACUUGUUGAUUGCUGCUGCUUCAUCGCCGCUACUACCGCCAUUAUCUACAAUCAAGGAAGAUGAUAUCUCGUAUGGCAAUAUUGGCCAGAAUCUAAAUAGUGCUGUCGCAAACGUGUCUGCAAAAAACCCAGCACUAACUUCCAAUACCAACGCAUCAUCACCGACGAGUACUUCUAUAACACUCUCACAGGCAGCAUGUGUGUUUUAUCUCUUGGGAGACUUUUAUAGACGCGGUAUAGGUGCUCCGGCAAACUUGUCAAUGGCUUUUGGGCUUUUUGCUAAAGCUGCCAUUUCAGGAAGUGUAGAAGCCCACGUGGCACUUGCUGGAAUGUAUGAACGGGGAGAUGGUAUCAUUCGAGACGACAGAGCCGCUCACAGACUAUAUCUUAAAGCUGCCCUAUCAAACUCGGCACCUUCACAAUUCAAACUGGCGUUUGGAUUGGAACGAGGAAUAGGUUGUAGAGUAGAUUUCUAUCUAGCUAAACUAUGGUAUCGAAGAGCUGCUGCUCAAAGUCAUUUCGCUUCGGCUGUCAGGCUAGCCAUCAUGUCUUUGGAUCCAGGUUAUGAAACGAUGGACGUCUUGUUAGAAGCCGCAGACAAGUCGAAAACUCCACGCUCUAUGCAUGAUGUCGCUGUAGCAUACUCUACAACGCGGCAUGGUGGGCCACAGGAUGUAUCAAAGAUGCGUAAAUGGUUGCAGUUAGCUGCUAGAGUCGGUCAUGCCAGAUCUCAAUGGAUGAUGGGCAAGAUAUAUCAAGAUGGACUAGGCGGUAGUAUCGUAGACCCGACAAAAGCAUUCUUUUGGUAUCAUAAAGCAGCUCUACAAGGAUAUCAGCCAGCUCAAUGGUCUGUUUCUGGAAUGUAUCGCUCAGGCAAUGGAGUGCCAGGUGGCGAACCGAAUGUUGUACUGGCAGACAAGUGGCAUAAAGCUGCAAACAGAUUCUCAUGUGGACGUACACGGGCUGACGUGGUGGACUUUGCGGGACUCUUGUCGUACUCCCUUGAUUCCGAUAAAGGCCCGCAAUGGAAUGCUCUUGAAGCUGACCGACCAUUCAAUGUAAUGAUACCCGCCUCCGUUGCUCCAACCUCGACUAUACAAUUCAAGGGCUUUGAAAAGGCUAGUAAUACCUUUAACAAUGGUCUGCUGAAUCAAGUUGAAACAGGAAUGCCGCCACGAGUUCCCACAACGAUUACGUAUAAUCCUAGUAAUAUUAAUAAUCCGAAUACCACCAAUACCACCAGUAAUGUACGUACAUCAUCCAGGCCGAUGACGUCCGUCUUCGAUAUUGACAUUGAUCCUGUUGCAUUCAAAGACAUGCCAUCACUAUUACGAACAUUGGGAGUCAGUGAUGAAGACUCUAUACAGGAACGAUCAACUCAUAUACCGAAUCUAAAUGUAUUGAAUCGAUACACUGAAACUCAUCCAUCCAGUGUAUUGAGACUCCUCAAAGUGAAGCGUCAUUUCGUGGUAGCCGAAGAGCUAUUACGAGAUGAAGAAUACGAAAAGUGUGUUGAAUUCCUCGCCAAUGGAUUUAGAACCUGGGGCGGACUACUAGAUACCUCUAUAUAUACCCUCCGUCUCUUAUUCGAAGUAGCCAUACAAAUCGUCGUGUCUAAAAACCCUAAUAAUGUUGAUGCACUUGUAUCCGACAUGUUCCUAAACAUGAAUACCCGACCAGUGGAAUUAUCGUGGGUGAUUGUGGACAAGUGUUUAGCACUCAAACCAAAUGAUCCUACGCUGUUGAUGUUUCGAGGGGAUGUCAAGGCACGAUGUGGACUAUAUAAAGACGCUAUACAGGAUUAUGAUGCUGCUGAGAAGCUGGAGAAUUCGUUUGUGGAGAAUCCUGUUGAGGUCUUGUAUCAUCGUGGAGUGUGUUAUAGUAAUAUGGAGGAGAAGGAGUACCAGAAGAUGGCUAUUGUUGAUUUGGCUUCGUAUGUUACUGCUGCUGGUGUUGAUGGAAGAAGGACUGCCGAUGCUCAAUAUACGCUGUCUGGUCUGUAUUUCUUACUUGACAAUCCGAAAAAGAUGGUAGAACACUUCCGCUAUGCUCUUGAGGCUGAAGCUGUGCGAUUGGAGUUUAUGCCUACCAUCAUAAAUACAGACUUGAAGACUCGCCUGACGCUAGAAGUCAGAUACACAAUCUGCUCAGGAGGAGGUCAAGUCCGUAAACAUCCAUGGUCGCGAGUUCCAUCACGUAUAUUACGAGCAGUUGAAGGAGAAGAACCACAAAGUGUUGCCAAACAAUGUGUGGCAUGUGGAUGUCUUGUUACAAAGACCAAAACGUGUGGUGGUUGUCGUGAAGCACGGUAUUGUGGAACGAAUUGUCAGAUUGCUCAUUGGACUCGUGGUCAUUCGACAGAGUGUAAGAAGGGUGCGAUGGUGAAGCCUCUUACUGUAGUUUGA